GGGUUCCUGCUGGAUGCCACGCGCUGCCGGGUGUGGACUUGCCGGGUUCGCCCGCUCGGAUCCCACUGCCCUUGCCUGCCGGGCCCGCUCGGGUGCACGCGCCGCCCGGCUGUGAUCGCCGCCAGCAGAAGACUGAUCUUUGAAAAUAUGUAUUUGGGAGAUAAUCACGUUCUGUUGAAUACUUUGUGCUGGUGCUGCCAUCGAAAAAUCUGGUUACAGUCCGGGGAGGCCUGCUACCAUUGCAGGACUGAACCGCCUCGGCCCUGAGAUGAGUGUCCCGACAGAGCAGGCGCACCAUGAAUAGAUACACAACGAUCAAACAGCUUGGGGAUGGGACCUAUGGUUCUGUCCUGCUGGGGAGAAGCAUUGAAUCUGGAGAACUAAUUGCCAUUAAAAAAAUGAAAAGAAAGUUUUACUCCUGGGAAGAAUGCAUGAACCUUCGGGAGGUUAAGUCUUUAAAGAAGCUCAACCAUGCCAAUAUAGUGAAGUUAAAAGAGGUUAUCAGGGAGAACGACCAUCUCUAUUUCAUCUUCGAGUACAUGAAGGAAAACCUUUACCAGCUCAUUAAAGAAAGAAAUAAGUUGUUUCCAGAGUCUGCAAUAAGGAAUAUAAUGUAUCAGAUAUUGCAAGGACUGGCGUUCAUUCACAAACAUGGUUUCUUCCACCGGGACUUAAAGCCUGAGAACCUCCUCUGCAUGGGACCAGAACUUGUGAAAAUCGCGGACUUCGGAUUGGCCCGAGAAAUCCGAUCAAGACCUCCAUACACAGACUAUGUGUCUACUAGAUGGUAUAGGGCUCCAGAAGUACUCCUGAGAUCUACCAACUACAGCUCCCCCAUUGAUGUCUGGGCCGUGGGCUGCAUCAUGGCAGAGGUGUACACCCUCCGGCCUCUUUUCCCUGGGGCCAGUGAAAUUGACACGAUUUUCAAAAUUUGCCAAGUGUUGGGAACACCGAAGAAGACUGACUGGCCUGAAGGCUACCAGCUGUCAAGUGCUAUGAAUUUCAUCUGGCCCCAGUGCAUACCCAAUAACUUAAAGACACUAAUUCCAAAUGCUAGCAGCGAAGCAAUUCAGCUCCUGAGAGACUUGCUUCAGUGGGAUCCCAAGAAACGACCAACUGCUAGUCAGGCACUUCGAUACCCUUACUUCCAGAUCGGACACCCACUGGGCAUCAGCACACAGGACUCGGGAAAGCCACAGAAAGAUGUCCAAGACAAGACAGGCCCACCUCCUUACGUCAAGCCAGCCCCUCCUGCCCAGGCCCCAACCAAGGCGCAUACACUGAUUUCUUCACGACCAAACCAAGCCAGUCAACCCCAUCAGCAUUUUGUAUAUCCCUACAAGGGCGAAGCCUCUAGGACAGAGCAGCUGAGCCACGUGCAGGAGGGCCAGCCAAACCCACCAUUCUUCCCGUCCCUCCACAACAAGAAUCUCCCGCCAAAAAUCCUAGCUGGCCUGGAACAGAAAAGCGGUGACAUGAAACCAAAGAGCAGGAGAAGAUGGGGUCUCAUUUCCAGGUCAACCAAGGGUUCUGAUGAUUGGGCCGACUUGGCUGACUUAGAUUUCAGUUCCUCUCUCACCAGAAUAGAUGUCAAAAACAAGAAGAGACAGAGUGACGACCCCCUCUGCAGGUUUGAAAGUGUUUUGGACCUGAAGCCAUCUGAGCCGGUGGGUACAGGAACUAGUGUCUCCACCCAGGCUUCCUCCCAGAGGAGAGACACGCCGACCCUGCAGUCCACAGCAAAGCAGCACUACUUGAAGCACUCUCGCUACCUGCCUGGAAUAAAUAUAAGAAAUGGCGUGCUCCCAAAUCCAGGCAAGGACUUUCUUCCAUCAAGUUCAUGGUCCAGUUCUGGUUUGUCUGGAAAAUCUUCAGGAACGGUAUCAGUAGUGAGCAAAAUAACUUCAGUUGGCUCCGGCUCCACGAGCUCUGGUGGACUGACUGGAAGCUACAUCCCUUCCUUUCUGAAGAAGGAAGUCGGCUCUGUCAUGCAGAGGGUCCAGCUGGCGCCUCUCGCAGCCCCUUCCCCCGGCUACUCUUCCCUCAAGGCCGUGAGACCUCACCCAGGGAGGCCAUUCUUUCACACCCAGCCUAGGAGCACGCCUGGCUUGAUUCCACGACCUCCAGCUGUGCAGCCUGUGCACGGCAGGAUAGACUGGUCUUCCAAGUACCCAUCUCGGCGGUGACUGUCCCAGCUGACUCCGUUGUACCCCCACAACCACGUGGCGGUGUAAAAGCACCCACACUUACAGCAGUUCUGAACUAACACAUUUCAAUAUUUCUUUUAAAUGUUUUUUUAAACAUUGAUUUGAAUGCAAUACCCUCUUUUUGUAUAAAAUUAUUUUAUUCU